AUGGCCGAUGAAAAGGACUUCAAGGAUGUCGAGGCUCCCCAGAGCACCCAGCACAAGGAGGGUAUCGCGGAGGAGUUCGAUGAGGUUGCUGAUCAGAAGCUGUCCAACCGGACAGAGGCUGCUAUGGACGCAGAGAUUGCUGAGCUUGAAGAGCAACUGCCGUCGCUGAGGAAGCCUCGCACCGAGAUUGAAGUCGUGUUCACGAACCCCGCUUAUUUCACAUGGGUUCUGGUGGCUUUUGCCUCAAUGGGUGGUAUGCUCUCUGGUCUCGACCAGUCGCUGAUUUCCGGUGCCAACCUCUAUCUCCCCGAUGCUCUGCACCUCAACAGCGGACAGGCCAGUCUGGUGGAUUCUGGUAUGCCUCUUGGUGCCGUUGCUGGUGCUCUGAUACUUUCUCCGUCGAACGGGUAUCUCGGUCGUCGUAUGUCCAUCAUCGUUUCUUGUAUCCUGUACACCAUCGGUGCCGGCCUGGAGGCUGGUGCCAUCAACUUCGGUAUGAUCUUCGCUGGUCGUUUCAUUCUCGGUAUGGGUGUCGGUCUGGAGGGUGGUACCGUACCUGUCUACGUCGCCGAGUGUGGUAAGUUCUUCCUUGCUAUGGCAUACGAUCAAUCAUCAAACAUCAAUCUAACACCCAAUCCCAGUUCCCGCAAACUUCGCGGUAACCUCGUCUCACUUUAUCAAUUGAACAUCGCUCUCGGUGAAGUUCUCGGCUACGCUGUCGCGGCCAUCUUCCUCGACGUUGCAGGAAACUGGCGCUACAUCCUGGGCUCAUCCCUCGUCUUCUCCACCAUUCUCCUCGGCAGAGAAGUUGCCGCCUACUCCGUCUGGAAGAAGAUCCGCGGCUUCAACGACUUUGAAUCCAAGGAUGAAUUCCUCGGCAUGCGCCAGGCCGUCACCGCCGAAAGGGAAGAGCAAGCUCUCACCAAGAAGUACGCCUGGAUGGACUUCUUCACCGUGCCCCGCGCCCGCCGCGCCAUCGUCUAUGCAAACAUCAUGAUCUUCCUCGGUCAGUUCACCGGUGUCAACGCUAUCAUGUACUACAUGUCCACUCUCAUGGGCGCCAUCGGCUUCGACCAGCGCACUUCCGUCUUCAUGUCCCUUGUUGGCGGUGGCUCUCUUCUCCUCGGCUGUAUCCCCGCCGUCCUGUACAUGGAGCGGUUCGGUCGCCGAUACUGGGCUAACACUAUGCUUCCUGGUUUCUUCAUUGGCCUCGUGCUCGUCGGCGCGGGUUACACCAUCGAUUACACCAAGUAUCCCGCCGCCGCCGAAGGCCUCUACCUCACCGGUAUCAUCAUGUACAUGGGCUUCUUCGGCUCCUACGCUUGCUUGACCUGGGUCAUUCCCUCCGAAGUUUUCCCUACCUAUCUUCGUCACUACGGAAUGACUACAGCCGACGCAAACCUGUUCCUGUGCUCCUUCAUCGUGACCUAUAACUUCACUCGCAUGAGGGAUACCAUGACGAGCACCGGACUGACGCUCGGUUUCUACGGUGGUAUUGCCGUGUUGGGAUGGUUCUACCAGAUCAUCUUCAUGCCCGAGACUAAGAAUAUGUCUCUGGAGGAGAUUGACGAGCUGUUCGCGCAGCCGACUUCUGUCAUUGUGAAGAAGAACAUGAAGCAGACUGCCGAGGUGAUUCGUGAUCUGUCGCACUUCCGUUUCAAGAAGGUGUUUUCGCCCGAGCCUUAUACUCGUUAA